AUGGCCCACAUGAGUCCAGCCGUCACUCUUGUAUGGGCAGCGCUUACAACUAUGUUUGAAGUCUUUCUAGUCUAUCAUCUCUGGUCCUUUGACCGUUUCAAAUCUCUGAGGUGGAAUCAUGGACCGCGUUCCGGUACAUUCAAGCGGGUCAUGACGUAUUCCUAUUUGACCAGCAUUCCGUUAAUUACAAUCUACGCUGUGGGCUUCUCCAUUAUCAAAUACAAUAAUGGUUUCACUGUCAUCCCUGGGAUGGGUAUCACGCCCACUCCGUACGAGCUGUGGAGUGACAGUGCACAAAGCGCAAUCCUCCCUCUGUACCUGUGUUAUUCAUUCGCCUGGGCAUUAGAGGUGGUAACACACCUAGAAGAACUAUGUUUUUGGUUUUUCCUGAUUCGUUCUGGCUCUGCGAAACAAGAUUGGUUCCGCAGCCUAUAUUUCAAAAUAUGGGCAAUUGGGUCCAUAGUCGCAAUCAUUUGUAUGCCUCUUAUAACGGUUUUCACACGGGAAGACCCCUACAAGUGCGAGGCUUACACAUUAUUAGCCGGGGGUCUCGGAAGCUUGUCUUUAACAAUAUGGUUUCUUCCAAUUUUGUGGACAUUCCCCAAAUUCCUUCAGAGCCUGAAAAAAGCCGAUGUUGAUACGAAUACAAUCGUCAGGCUUACAAAGUUUCACGAGCUCAACUGUAUUCGGGUCUUAUUUCGUUUUCUCUUCACAAUUCCGUUAGUGAUAUUGGGCAUCGAUGGCGUCAGACCGCAUCAGCACAUCAACGAUAACAUGUUUGCCACUGACUUAUUGGGGAUGAUUUCGGGUAUAGGCUGUGUCGUAUCCUCUGGGAUCACUCUUAUCAUAUUCUUCCCGCGCUCAAUCAAGGCGGAAAUGGCAAGUAGGGAGGCGGCUCGCGAGCUCCGUCGGUUCCCCCGAUCAAACGCAUUUGGAAAAGAUCCUAUGAAUAUGCAGCGCAUAUAUCAACAUGUGUCCUCAAAUAAACUGCCUCCCUAUGAAGUAGUAGCUCCCAGCCACUCAACACAGAAGAUACCAUUCGAAGAAAUGUCGGACGAGGAGAAUCAAAAAUAUUGGCCAAGCGAGAUGUCACCUUCACUAUGCAUGCAACCAAAUCGCAGAAUGAAGGAUGGGAAUGUGGAAAUGGGGACUGUCUUCACUCUCACAGACGAUAAUCUGCCGAAACGUAGUAAAGUUAUGCGGAAGUCGGAUAUAAAUCAUCUUGUGUAUAACUGGCGAUCACCACUUGGUAGGGACUCCUAUUAG